AGUUUAGUUUUCGACAACAUUGCGCGCGAAGUGGCGACCUUUGGGCUUUGGUGAUCAUUGACCCACUCUCUGAUCCCCAAACCCUAAAACCCGUAAAACCCAGAAACCUCUGAGCUUGAAUCCACGCGCGCUCACCUUAGUCCUCAAAUUCUUCCAUAUUUCGCUUCAAGUUCCUCUCUUUUUUCAAUUUUCGCGGGAACGAAACAGCCGAAUUGCUCUUCCCCCCAAUUCUGAUCAAUCAAUUGGUGGCUGAGAAUGGUGUUCUGUAAUAAUUGUGGGAAAAGCGUCCCUGGAACAGAAGAUAGUGGUAGAAUAUGGUGUGACUUAUGCGGCAAGGUUUUAGUGUAUGACAUUUACUCUGAAGAACCCACUUUUUUCAAAGAUGCCGCCGGCCAGAGCAAACUGGCUGGAAAUUUUGUGAGGGGUUUCCAAAGUGAGGUCUCGGCUUCUCGUGAAAGGCUGAUUGAUAAUGCCAGAUAUGAAUUAAGAUGCCUGAGAAACGGUUUAGAUAUGGGGGAGAAUGAAGAAAUUACCGACAUAGCUUUGCGCUUCUACACGAUGGCGCUUGAGAGGAAUUUCACAAGGGGCCGUAUCACAGAGCGAGUACUGGCUGCAUGUUUAUACAUUGCAUGUCGGUCAAAGAGGAAGCCAUAUCUUCUUAUUGAGUUCUCAAACUUGUUGAAGAUAGAUGUUUAUACACUAGGUGCGGUAUAUAUGCAACUGUGCAAAGUUCUUUAUCUUGAUCAGUAUCCAUUCGCAAACAGACUUGUUGAUCCUUCCAUCUUUAUUGCUAAAUUUUCAGGGAGUUUACCAGGAGGAAGGGAUAAAAGAGUUAUUCAAACUGCAGUGCGAAUUAUCACUAGCAUGAAACGGAAUUGGAUGCAGACAGGCAGAAAACCCAGUGGGUUAUGUGGUGCUGCAUUAUAUAUAUCUGCAAUUUCACAUGGUCUCAAGUGUUCCAAGUCAGAUUUUGUCAGGAUUGCACAUGUUUGCGAUGCAACGUUGACCAAGCGGCUGAGUGAAUUUGAGAAUACAGAUUCUGGGAGCUUGACGAUUGAAGAGUUCCAUCUGAAGGAAAGUGAGCUGGACGAAUUAUAUGAGCAACCAAAUAGGACGGUUAAAAUGGAUAGCAGAGAUGACAUUCUUUGUGAACACAAGGAUAGUGGAAAACCUUUUGCACUUGGACUUUGUAAAUUUUGUUAUGAUGAUUUCGUGACAAUUUCAGGUGGACUUCAUGGAGGAUCUAAUCCUCCAGCUUUCCAGCGUGCUGAGAUAGAAAGAAGGAAAAAAGAGUCUGCUCAGGAGAAUGCUAGUGACUCUGAUGUUGAUAUUUUACCUUGCCAGAGCCUAGACAACAGUCAACAAUCAAAUUUUGAAAGAGAACUGAAUGGCUCAAGAGCUAGUGAAAAUGGGCGAUUACACUCUAUGGAGAGUGUCGGGGCUCCUACUGUGGAUACAGCUGUUCAUGCAGGCAAUGAAUCUUGUGAUGAGUCUGACAACCUUUCAGAUAUUGAUGAUGUAGAGGGCUGGCUUAGUCUCAGGCAUCCAAAGAGGGUCUGCUCUAACAAAGCUGUAGCUAUUCCAUCAAGUAAUCAAUCCCUGGGAACUGCUAAGGGUUCUUUGGCCGCACAAUGGACCUCUUGGCCUUAUGACUGCUGGUCAUGCCCAGGGCAGGCAUCUUAUUUGGCAAUCCCCAUAUGGCUCAUGGCUAUAUAUGGUGCAUCCACGUAUAGCAGCUUUUUGACAUGCUUAGGGUUGGUUGAUGAGUACCUCCUUGAUGAAGAGGGGAAACAUAACAAAACGAUAAUUUGGGAAGCACUGAACCGUGAAUACAUUGAGGAGCAAGCAGCUAAGGCUGCUAGGGGAACCGAAUGUCCAGAAUCUCAAGCUGCUGCAGCAAAAAAAAGAAAGGAAAGGCAACUAGCUCGAGCAGAGGAAGAGAGAAAUUUUACUCCAGCUCAAACUGCUGCAGAAGCUGCUUACAGAACGCUAACUAAGAAGAGACUAAGCUCAAAAAUCAACUUCGAUGUCCUGGAGGAUAUGUUUGAAACAUCUGAGACUGCAGGUGUCUCGAAGAAGACACGAAUUGAUUCACAAUCUGAUAAUGAUGAAGAGAUGCCAUACAUGGAGAACCAAGAGUUUGAAAAUAAUGACGAUUUUGGUCCAGAAACCGAAUAUGAGGAAAGAAUUGAAGGCACAUAUAACAACAGUUUCGAUUUUGAUAAUGUUCAUGAAGGAUAUGACAACGGUGAAGAUUUUGGUUAUGAGGAUUACUAAUGUAGCUUACAGACAAAGGUAGUUGGCCAUCUAUGGGGAGCUAGUAGGAACAAUUGUACAAACACAAUUUUGUAGCCUCCCUUGGAUAGUGGACAGCGUGGCUGUAGAUUGGAACUCAACUAAUACCUAAUAUCAAAAGAUUUUCACCUCUUGGGUUAGAGGUAGGAUAGUGUUCAGAAUAGAGCAUUUUUUUAAUAAUAAUCUUCUAAUAUAUUUGCUUGCUC